AUGGGAGUUCAUAUGUAUGGGUAUAUAGAUGCAGGAAGUGCAAUUUGUAACCCAAUUGAAGUUCAGUCGAACAUUAUGGCCAAUGUGUUACAAAGCUCAAAUGACAAAAAGAAAUGUAAUGUGGUUUUUUCAAGUGUUCGAGGUUUGGGUGUUGACAAUAAAGUGCUAUAUUAUGAUAUAGGUGAUCCAGUUCUUAAAUGCCAACAUUGUAAAGCGUUCUUUUGGACGGAUGAGAAAUUGAAGGAUGUGAAAGUCAAUGGUGCUGCAAGAUAUUCAGUUUGUUGUAGUAAUGGCAAGAUUAAGUUACCAAGAUUGAAUAUUCCACCGAAAAUCAUUUUCGAUUUAUUUUUCGACCAAACUCCACGAAGCAAACAUUUUUUGCAACAUAUACGGUCGUACAAUAACAUGUUUAGCUUCACAUCAAUGGGAGGUCGUGUUGACAAAGAUAUUAACAUAGGUGGAGCUCCUCCAGUGUUCAGAUUAAAUGGUCAGAAUUUUCAUUUGUUGGGCAGUUUAUUGCCGGUUGAUGGUAAUAAACCGAAGUUUGCACAACUUUACAUCCAUGACCCAGAAAAUGAGAUUUUCAAUCGGCUUAAUGCUGUUAGCGGCGGCAAUGAGGUCAAAGAAUUACAUGAAGAUAUUGUUUCUGAUCUUCAAUUAACAUUAGAUGAGAACAAUGUUUUGGUUAGAUCAUUUCGAAUGGCUAGACAUGAAAUAAAGAAAAAUCCCAGAGUCGACGUCAAAAUGAAAUUAAUUGGGAAACGCACUCAGGAUGCCAAAACAUAUAAUCUACCGACAGUGUCAGAGGUUGCUGCUAUUGUUGUUGGUGAUUUAGAUCCAAUGUUGGGUGAAAGAGAUAUAUUGAUUGAAACAAAAUCAGGUGUGCUUAAGAGAAUUACUGAACUUAAUCCAGCAUACCUCCCACUUCAGUAUCCAAUUUUGUUCCCGUAUGGUGAAGAUGGUUAUAGAGAGGAUAUCCCUUUCAAUGUUGAAAGACAUAUUGAUAAAGGAGCACGACAUAGUGUUUCUCUCCGCGAAUAUCUUUCAUUUCGUAUUCAUGAGCGGCUGAAUGAAAUUUCAACAUUUUUAUUUGCUAAAAGAUUAUUUCAACAAUUUUUAGUUGAUGGCUACACUAUGGUUGAAUCUGCUCGACUACUUUACAUUCGUACACAUCAAAAAAGUCUACGAUGUGGAUCAUAUAAAGGGCUUUUUGAUGCUUUGACGCGUAGAGAAGUUCAGCCCGGGACUCAUGGCAGGCGUAUUGUAUUGCCUUCUAGCUUCACAGGUGGUGCUCGAUAUAUGGUUCAGAAUUACCAAGAUGCUAUGGCAAUAUGUGGUUGGAUUGGUUAUCCAAAUUUAUUUAUCACCUUUACAUGUAAUCCAAAAUGGCCAGAAAUACAACGACUGUUGGAAGGGCGGAACUUGAGACCUGAAGAUCGUCCUGAUGUAUUAUGUCAUGUAUUUAAAAUGAAAUUGGAUACUCUGGUUAGGGAGAUAAGAAGUGGUUCUAUUUUUGGAAAAAUUAUAGCUGUGAUUUAUACUAUCGAGUUCCAGAAGCGAGGAUUACCACAUGCACACAUCUUGCUCUUCCUUGAGCGUACUGAUUCACAACAAUUUGCAGCCAAUGUUGAUUCUUUGAUAACAGCAGAGAUCCCCCAAAAAAACACUGACCCUGAAUAUUUUAAGGCUGUUAGUGAUUUCAUGAUUCAUGGGCCAUGUGGCGUGGCAAACAAGAAAUCACCUUGUAUGGUCAACGGUCGUUGCUCAAAGCAUUUUCCCAAGAAAUUCUCUGAGGCCACUAAUCUUGACUUCAAUGGGUAUCCUGUUUACAAGCGUAGUGAUAAUGGGAAUACAGUUGUCAAAAGUGGUAUUGAAUUGGAUAAUAGAUACGUGGUGCCGCACAAUAGAUAUUUGUUAAUGAAGUAUAGAGCACACAUUAAUGUUGAGUGGUGUAACCAGUCUCGCUCUAUUAAGUAUUUGUUCAAAUAUGUGAAUAAGGGUAAUGAUCGAGUUACUGCCCAAUUUUAUAAGAGUACUGAAACUGAAGAUAGUAGUGAGGUUAUAGAUGAGAUUAGUAUGUAUUAUGAUUGUAGAUACAUCUCUCCUUGUGAAGCUGUGUGGCGUCUUUUUAGUUAUGACAUCCAAUUCCGAAAUCCGGCCGUUGAACGAUUGAGCUUUCAUUUGCCGAAUGAACAAAACAUUGUUUUCGACGAUGAUGUUUCUGUGGAAUCGGUGCUUGAACGCCAGACAGUUAGGCACAGCAUGUUCCUCGCGUGGUUUGAAGCAAAUAAACGGUAUCCGUGUGCUCGUGAGUUAACAUACAAGCAGAUGCCUAAUAGCUUUGUGUGGAAAAAAAGCAUUCGUGAAUGGCAACCAAGGCGUCGAGGAUUUGCAAUAGGUCGCAUGUUCUAUGUGCCGCCAGGUACUGGUGAAAUUUACUAUCUAAGGUGUUUGUUAAAUUUAGUUCGUGGACCAACAUCUUUUCAAGAUAUUCGCACGGUAGAUGGUGUUGAGUACUCUUGCUUUCGAGAUGCAUGUUAUGCUCGGGGAUUGAUUUCUGAUGAGAAGGAGUAUGUUGAUGCAAUACUUGAAGCUAGCCAUUGGGCAACUGCUGCUGCUGUUCGUAGACUGUUUGUUACUCUACUUACUUCUAACUCAAUUUGUCAGCCGGAAAAAGUUUGGGAAAUUGUUUGGGCAGAACUUUGUGACGACGCAGAAUACAAUCAACGUACACUGUUGAAUGAUCCAGCGUUUGUGUUGCCUGAAUGUGAGAAGAAAAGAUAUGGGCUUACUGAAUUGGAAAAAUUGUUAUCGUUGUGGGGUAAGAGCUUACAAGACUUUCCGUGUAUGCCUGUUCCUGAAACCGAUGUGCCAACUGUUGCAUUCAACCGUUUGAUAGCUGAGGAAUUGAAUUACGAUUGUUCAUUAUUGGCCCAGGAGCAUUUGUCAUUAGUUCAGAAAUUAACUGUUGAGCAAAAGCAAGCGUACACUACCGUGUUGGAAUUAGUUGCAGGCAAUAAUGGAGGUUUGUUUUUCGUUUAUGGGUACGGUGGUACAGGUAAAACAUUUGUGUGGAAAACCUUAUCAGCUGCACUACGCUCAAAGCGUAAAAUUGUUUUGAACGUUGCAUCCAGCGGAAUUGCUUCGUUACUCAUACCUGGUGGUCGGACUGCACAUUCCCGUUUUGCCAUACCAAUCGCUGUGAAUGAGGAUUCCACUUGCAAUAUUUCACAAGGCAGUGAUCUAGCGGAGUUAAUAAUUAAAUGCAGCUUGAUUAUUUGGGAUGAGGCACCUAUGAUGCACAAGCAUUGCUUCGAAGCAUUAGAUAGGACAAUGCGUGAUAUAUUAAGAUUUGCUAAUCCAUCAAGUUGCAACUUGCCAUUUGGAGGGAAAACAGUUGUUCUUGGAGGUGAUUUUAGACAAAUCUUACCGGUGAUACCAAAGGGUACCAGGCAAGAUAUUGUUGGCUCAAGUAUUAACUCUUCUUAUUUAUGGAGUCAUUGUAAGGUAUUGAGGUUAACUCAAAAUUUGAGGUUGCAAAAUGUGGGCUCUACUGGAGAAAGGAGAAACCUUGCUGCUUUUGCUAAUUGGAUUGCGGCUAUAGGUGAUGGCCAGGUUGGUGGUCCAAAUGAUGGUCAUGCAAAAGUUGAAAUCCCUCAAGAACAUGUGUUAAAGACAAAUAGUGAUCCAAUUCGUGCUAUUGUUGAGAGUACAUUCCCUAUGUUUUCUGAGCAUCAACAUGAUGGCAAUUAUCUAAUUGGAAGAGCAAUUUUAGCACCAACUCUUGAAGUUGUCGAUGAAGUGAACGAGUAUAUGAGUAAUAUGAAUAUUGCAGAAUGCCGAACAUAUUUUAGCUUUGACUCAGUUUGUCCGACGGAAAACACUCCUGAUUCAGUUGCCGCACUUCACACCCCGGAGUUCUUAAACGGGUUAAAGUGCUCUGGUGUGCCAAACCAUUCAUUGGCUUUAAAAGUUGGGUCUCCAGUUAUGUUAUUGCGAAAUAUAGAUCACUCUGCUGGUUUGUGCAAUGGCACAAGGUUAAUCAUUUCUAAACUAGGCGACCAUGUUGUUGAAGCCAAAAUUCUAUUCGGCAGUAAUGCAGGAACAAAGGUGUUGAUUCCACGAUUGUCGUUGACCCCAUCAGAUCCAAAGUUACCGUUUAAAUUUCAGAGGAGACAAUUCCCCCUAAUGUUGUCGUAUGCUAUGACAAUUAACAAGAGCCAAGGACAAACGCUUUCUACAGUUGGCCUACUACUGAAAAAAUCUGUUUUUGUUCAUGGACAACUUUACGUAGCUUUGUCAAGAGUUAGCAAUCCAAAUGGUCUUAAGUUACUUAUUUGCAAUGACAAUGGAGAAUAUGUUUCUUCAACGUCAAAUAUUGUAUAUAAAGAGAUAUUUAAUAAUAUAUAA